AUGGGACAAAUUGCAAGUGAUAAGCUUGAAUUUAAUUCCAACUCCUCGGAUCUUUCAUGGCAAGGCAUGUUUCGAUCAGCUUCCUUUCGAAAGCCUGGUAAUAAGCUUGAAUAUAAUUCCGGGUCCUCGGGGUCGGACCUCUCAUGGCAGGACAUGUUCCGAUCAGCUUCUUUUCGAAUGCCGAGCUCAAACCUUCCGAAAGACCUCAUGACACUCCGUUCUGUUUCUUUCCGGUUACCAGCCGGUUCGUGCCACGAGAGUUACAGUCCAAUGCAGCUAAGUCCAGCUGGUGGGAAUGCACAAUCAAGCCACAACACUGGCUCUGAUAAUCAUCAGAUGAAAGAGAAGGUAAGCAAUGAUUCAGUCACUCAAAACACUUAUCCAACUAAUCCAAUGGUUGUGGUUGUGAUAGAUUAG